AUGCAGGGUAGAACAUUAGCACCAGACAACGAAUAUAGACGUAUAUAGUUUUACAGAGAGCAGCGUAGUACACAUUUUAAUUAAUAUUCGUUUUUUUUUGUUUUUCUAUUUUUUCGUUUUUUUUUUUGGUUAGCAAUAGAUCUAAAUUUGUGGUUGUGCAAAGUGUGAUUGCUUAGCGUGAUUGUAAUUAAGCAUAAACUCACACUGAUCAAAUUCUUUGAAGGCAAGUCGUCUCAUCGGAGACCUGCUGGCACUUCUGUUGGUUAGCCACCCAAUAGACAUGGCGUUAAGCCAGGUGAUCAACGUGAUCUCCACAAACAAUACCAAGCCGACCUGGUCCCGCCAGGCCAUACUGACCUGGUGCAACAAGUGCUUGAACAGCGAUAUACAGAAAAUCGAGGAUCUCUGCACUGGGGCAGCCUAUUGCUGCCUGCUGGACAUACUCUUUCCCGAUAGCGUCAAUUUGCGCAAAGUGAAGUUCAUCAGCAAUCAGGAGAUCGACUACAUCAACAAUCUGAUAAUGCUGCAGCAAUGCUUUACCAAGCUAAAGAUCAACAAGAGCAUACCCAUUUAUAAGCUGGUCAAGGGUAAAUUUCAGGAUAAUUACGAGUUUGCCAUCUGGUUUCGCCUGUUCUACGAUGCCAAUUUCACCAAAAUGCCCGACGGCUACAAUGCCACCGAGAAGCGCAACAAUCAGCCGCUCACCAAGGAGCAGGCCCAGAAGAUUCGACGCAGUCGCACCGCCACAACGUUGACGCCCAAGCUGUCCGUACGCCGGCGCAGCCGCACCCACGAGCCAACCAUUGAGGAGCCGGUGCUUGCGAUCGCCAGAGGCGCAAAUCGCCCGCAUAUUUAGAGUCUGGAUUCAGAUGUGCAUCGAUUGACUGUUGCCAUUCCAUUGUUUUUGUGUUUUUUUUUUUUCUCACUUAGUAGCAUGUGUGUGUAUGUGUAGAUAUUGGAUUUGUUCCGGCUGAAAAGGCUUUUUCCAAAUUGUAAAACAAGUUUGGGCUAAGCAACAAAAAAAAA